UUCGAUGAAACCUAAUGCUGCAAUGGAUAAUGAUGCUAAACAAGCCCUGCUUUCUGAUCAAAUAAUGGUAGAUCAUGUUCAACAGAUGAACGAAAAUAAUGCCCUGCAGAGAAGAAGAAACCGCCAAUAUGGUACUAGUACUACCACUGCUUCUUCAUCAAAGAUUAAUAGUCUCCUAAAAGAAAAUGGAGCUGAAGAUCAAUCUCUUUUAGAUUUCGAAUGCUCGAGAACUUUUAAACAACAAUUUGAUAUAAAUCAAGUAAUCAUCCUGUUGGCUGCCUACUUAGGGGGAGGAACCCUGUGCUUCUUCCUGGUUAGGAAUCAGAUUGAGGGUAAGAAAACAAAUGGGGUUUUGGAUGCCAUGUGUUUCUGUGUUGUGACAAUGAUAACCGUCGGAUAUGGUGACCUUGUUCCCAAUAGCAUACUGGCAAAGCUACUGGCUUGUGUUUAUGUAUUCAUUGGAGUGGCUCUUGCUGGUCUAAUUCUUGGGAAAGUUGCUGAUUACUUGAUGGAAAAGCAAGAAACCCUUCUGGUUAGAGCCAUUUACAUUCGUGAAAAAGUUGGUUCGCCUGAGCUUCUUAAGGAGGUCGAAACUCACAAAGUGAAAUACAAAUUCCUUACUUCUGGUGCACUUAUUUUGGUGCUUAUGAUUAUUGGAACUGUCAUUUUAUCUGUAGUUGAGGAUCUACAAUUCAUGGAUGCCAUCUACUGUGUUUGUUCUACCAUUACUACUCUUGGCUAUGGAGAUGAAAGCUUCUCAUCUAAGGGUGGUAGAAUUUUUGCUGUGUUUUGGAUAUUGGGAAGUACAAUUUGCUUAGCACAGUUUUAUCUCUACCUUGCUGAAUUGUACACUGAAGGCAGGCAAAAAUCACUCAUGAAAUGGGUUCUUACUCGGAAGUUGACUCACUCAGAUCUUGAGGAAGCAGACCUUGAUCACGAUGAAGCUGUCAGGUAGGUGGAUUAUUUUUCCAUCAUAUAUACACUACGAAAUAUAUAUAUACAUAUAUGGUCUUUCUCACUACUGGUCGUGUGUGGUUUUUGUGUAUCAGUGCUUCAGAAUUUGUCCUAUACAAGCUAAAGGAAAUGGGGAAAAUUAGCCAGGAAGAUAUUUCAGUUGUGAUGGAAGCUUUUCAGAAACUUGACAUUGAUCAGUCAGGAACUUUGACAGCAUCUGAUCUUGUACUUUCUCAACCAUCCUGACGUAAAACUCGAGCACCAUCAUCUUUGGUACAUAUAUAUAUAUAUAUAUAUAUACAAAUUAAUAUAUGCAACAAUUUUGUAAAACAUGCUUUGAGGUUAUUUUAGACACGUAAUAUGAACUUGUGAUAAAUUAUAGAUACAUUAUUCUGUGGCCAUCAAGAGUGGCAACAAUUUGCACCAACUAGACCAUCUGCCUUCGCUUCGUAGUGUUGGUAAGAGAAACAAUAUUUGGUUCAUUGGUAUUAAUCUAUUACAAUAAUUCGGCAGGUUGUUUGAAAUAACCAAGCCAUUCGGGUACAGAAAUUUUGGUCAGCGAAACUAUAUAUAAAUUAAAUUUAGUCUCACUAUGCCAAUUGUGACACAAUUUAAAAUAUCAAGUAUUUUAGGUACAGAAAACAAGGUAUUGGACCGAAAUGCAUAUGUAAAUAUUGAUGCUGGAGCUGGUAUGAAACUAUGAACCUACUUUCAUUAUUUUAGAGGAACAGAAAAAUGGGGGAACUUUUAUCCAUUGCUAUGACCAAAGAAGCAUUGUCCUAAACCUUCUAAUGUUUUUUCUUUUGUUUUUUUUUUUUUUUUUUCAAUUAAUUUUGUAAUCUCCCAUUUAAUUUUUUUUUUUUUUUUUUUUCUCUUUCCUUUUUAUCGGCACCUGAACAACAUAGCAAAAACGAGAAAAUCUACUUUUCUAUCACAUGGGACAACAGGACAACUUUACACAAAGAUAGAAGAAAAAGAAAUCUAAAGUGAACCCCAACUGCCUUCACAAUUAUUAUUAUGGAAAUGUACAAUUUUAAUUGCCAUGGAAGUUGUUCAUCACAGUAAACUUGUUAACAUAGUGAUACAGUUACAGAGAAAAUCAUCUAUGAAAUCAUUGACGAAAACAAAGAAACAGUUUCCAAUCAGUUCCUGCUAUUGAUGAUUUAGAUUACCAUAUGCAUGAACCUCAUUUGUUUGCUGAUCAAAAUUUUGAUAGUCCUGAUGAUGAUCAUGAUUAGUCUGUUCAUGGUGGCUUGCAGCAACAUAGUCCAUAAUUCCUUUACCAGCUUUUUCUCCAUGAGCUUCACUUGCCGCAUGGGAAACACCGCCGUUGAAGGCAAUUAUAAUCACCAGGAAUACAGUUGUUGAUGCAAAGAGAGGCCAGAAGUAGUUCAGAAUUGUUAGAAUCCUAGGGGCUGCAUAUAACACCAAGGAAAAGAUCAAUGAAACCAAAACGGCUAUGCCAAAGUGGUAUCUGUACUGAACAAGCUGUGGUGGUAUAUCCAUGGGGCUUCUCCUAACUUGGAAUACCAAAUCUAGAAACAGAGAAAGAGAGAGAGGUUAUAGCUAUAUAUAAAGCUUAGUUUUCUAAGUUUCUGGUGGAGAAUAUGGAAGUUUCUCUUUCUACCAACAUGGGAAAUGCUGCUUUCAAUAAACCUCUAAGUUUCCAGGGUCUGUCUUUUACUAUUACAUUUUUUUUGUUUCCCAUAAUAUCCUCACUUAUUUUGUAUUAUAAUAUAUUUAAUUAAGGGACUACAUAGUACAUGUAGAUAUAUAUAAACCCAUUACCCAUCUCUUCUUGUAUGCCUUGAUUGCUCUUCAAAUUGUUUUGUGGUCAUCAUGUUCCUUUUUGCUUAAAAAAAUAAUAAUAAUAAUAAU